CCCAUCUCAUUCCAUCUCAUCUACUCUGUACACACCAAACAAACACCUUACUUAUUUUUCGGUUCCUGAAAUCACUUUCCAUUUACAUUUGCGCACCUUAUCUCGGGCCUCAUCCAUGAUUGUGGUACCAAGAUAGCCUGGCUAUCGCAAGCCCAGGCCAAGGUUAUCCACUGCCAGCAUGUUUGGCUCCCGAAAGCAUCGGCAACGAAAUCCGUUGGCCAUUUCCCGAGUCGAACAGCCGCUCACUGCAGCGACCGCCGACCCCAAUGCUGCAACCGCUGCCGCUGCCGUUUUUAGGCGCCAUGAAUCGAAUCCUUCCUUGUCGGCUGCCGCCGCCGCCGCCGCCCUCCGCGCCCGACCAAUGACGCCGACUCGAGUGGCCGACGUUCAAACGAAACGGACUGUACGCCGCAGCGCAUCCGUCGCCUCCGCCGGGGCUGCCUCAGACCGUCAGGGACAGCCCGCUUUGCACAGGCGCGGAAGCAGCGGGUCAAUGUCCGAGCGCACCUUUCGAACUCCGAGUCCUCACCGGCCCGGAAGCAGCGGGUCGGCCCGCCGGUCCGUCAGUUACGAUACACCCCCGGUCCCAGCGCUACCAGGAAAUCUAGAUGCCACCUCAAGUCCGCCAAGAGCGGGCACCCAGCAAGUGUCGCAGCACCAGAAGGCCAGCAAUAUGGGUAGGGGCACUGCCCCUCUACGUCUCGCCUCUCAGAAGCUUGCAUCUGGGGAUGCUCCGUCUUGGUUUUCCGCCGCAAGAAUGGGUGACCCUGGCAAUGUCCAUAGGACAGACCCUGCCAUGGCUAGCCCACCAUCAAGUCCGCUCCAAAUUCCAGCGCCCAGUGAGGAGCCUGCCGACGGAGCCAGGCCAAGCAGCCAGGCCUCGUCUAUCAACUUCUCCUACCCGGCGCGGGCGAGGGUGAAUUCUCUGCCAUCUUUUCAUGCAACCGAACUGUCCGGCUCUCGUGAGAUGCCCGUUCUUGCAAACCAGCCACAGUCAGUAGACGGCGGGUCAGCAGCCCCUAUACCACAUGUGAAGCAACCGCCGAGAGCAGCAACGACGACACCUUCUUCAAAUACAAGACUUGCUUCUCUACCUUCCGAUCAAGCAUUAGUUUAUGACCCAAAUUCGCGAAGAAUGGUGCCGCAAGCCGAUCUGUUGGCCAUUCAACAGGCAGUUCUUGGUGCCGCGCAACAGCCGAUUAAAAGGAAGAAGAAGACUCCUCAAAAGGUUGGGUCUCAUCUCGCCGCAGGUACCAUGGGUCGCACUAAGAGUGUUACCGCUCUUACUAUGCCUGAAGCGAGUAUACGAUUCGUGGCCGCGCCGGCGCAGGGUCAACAACUGCCAGACUCGUCAGACGCGUUGUCCAAUCCCCAAGUCCAGACAGACGUCGACGACCCCGCGAUCAAGACAAGUAUUGGUCCACUGAGGACGGAUGCCCAGAUGCUUGAAGAACAUGGUGCCCAAGAAGCUGCAGAACCCGCCCAGAUCAUCGUCCCAGCGGCCGUCAACCUCGCCAUGGCUGCCACAGAUGCAACAUCGCAUGCUGUAAGGAGACAGCCAUCAGUUGUGAAGGAAGAGCAGGAGCCCGGGGAAAUGGAGCCCGAGAAGAUUGCUCAAAAGACAAUCUCCGAUGCGUUGGAUGCCGUCCCCGGGCGACAAAGGAUGCAUUCAUGGGCAGACGCGCAAACUUCUCCGCGGCCACGUCCGAUACGGAAGGCGGCUUCCCCAACAAAUGCUCCACGCCCUGAUGCCGAUCCGAUACUGAAACGCGGUCCCGCACUCUUGCCUUCCAUCGAUAUUUCGGAGGAACAAGGGUCAAAGUCAAGCACUGCCAGACCAGCACAGGUCUCGCGAACGCAUUCGAACAGCCCUCCUCGUCAGGCGCAUUUCGGGCCCGUUCAGGACAAACUGACAAUCAAGCAUUCCCCGCCCCAACGGUCCAUCUCCCCACGAAAGUCGGCUCUGAAGCGCACUGGCUCGUCCCGAGGCGCCUCGCCUUCCGGCAACACGUCCGAGGCAUCUGGGAGCAUCAACCAAGAACCUCUGGUGGCACGCAAGAAGUCCGUUCGCGUAAGUUUUGAGGACGGGAACACAUCAGUUACUGGCGAAUCCACGUCCGCGGACCGCAGCGAUUCAACGGUCCUAGCCAAGCCCCCACAUCCAAACCUUCCGCGAUGGCUUAGCCACCUUGGACAUGCCAAGAAAGAGUUUUCGUCGCUCCAAGACGAAGAGAUGAUGAAGCCACGGCCUACUCUGCCUAGCUUUGGCAGCGUACGAGACAGAAAACCCCGGGACAGCAGUCUAGACCUGUCCGAGCGUCCGCUCGUGCGGCCCAGGGGAGAGACAAGGUACACUUCACCACUGCUCCCUAGCCCGCCACUAGGCCAGAGCAGUGAUCACGCUGUUGGAGGAGUCCUGUCGAAGGAGCAUGAUGAUGGAUCCAGACACACGGCAAACACCUCGAGGCUUAGGGAACCAUUGCCUCCAGUCGUUACUAGCGUGGAAGGGACCGGCUACGAGAGUGACAGUUCUAGCACGAGUUCUCUAGUCAGCUCAGUAGCUGAGCAGCCGGGGGCGUCUGUCUCGACUAUAGUCCGGCAAUCUCAGCCUACAACAGCUGCCAAAUCGCAGAUCAUCCUUGCCCAACCCAUCAUUGGCCCGGUAGUGAACAGCGACAACCAGCCUGCAAGCCAGGUUACGAAGACAGACGAUAUAGAGAAGCCACAGGCUCCGGCCGUCUCCGUUCGACAGCCGAUGCUUGCUGUGGUGGAAAAUAAGUCACUCGGGCAAUUAUUUGCUGAGAUCCCUGGAGGAUUCCCAGAAGAGGGGUCCGAUCAGUCUACUGCGUCUGGUACUCAGAACCUCUCGCCGGUUACGAUGACAGUCACGCACACUGAUGCUACACCGCAAAGUAGCCUGUCAACACCCGUAGCAACUGAGGUUCCUCGGAUCACAUCGGCUGAAAGCUCAAGUGACUCGGAGAGCAGCAUUUACAGUGACGCUUACGAAGACCUCUCCGAAGUUGAUGGUGAUGGCUUCCAGUCCCUGGAUGCCGUGGUUGUGAGACCAAUGCAAAACAGCUCUUUGGCAGUGAACGCCCCCCGGCAGACACUAAUGGAGCCCCCUGUGCCGAAACACCACGUCGCAACGCCAAAACUCCAGACCGAUAUAUCAUCAGCCACGACCGCAGUUGAAACACCGCCUCCAGAAAGCCCCCAGGAUGAGUGGGAACGAGUUAAGGCAUACUGGCGGAGCCUCUCGGCAGAGCAGCGAGCGCAGCUCGAGAGGGAGGCAAGGGAAGAGGCCGGUAUGGACGCAGAUGUCGAGGAAGCGGAACCAGAAGCCAAGCCUAGAAAGAAAAAGACAGUGGAGCGCAGGAACUCUCAGCGGAAGGUGUUGGCUGCCCACGUGGCGCAGCAAAUGCAACGAGAGGAGGAAAAAGCGCCCAACCCUGAGCGAAGCUACAUGAUCAAACCUGGCUCACGGUGGGACGAGAACGAGUUGGCUGUUCCUGCGAUGCGGAAGACAAUGCGCGGGGAUAUUCAACAGCAGCAGGUGGCUUCCAGCGCCGAUAAACCCCGACUACGCAAGUCAAUGCGAGCCAGCGGUGCAGGCGUCAGUAGUCCCGAGUCCGCCACGGCCGGAACUAGACGCCCAAUAUCACCUUUCCCAGCCAGCGUUGCUCCUCCCAUCGGAGCGAUCGACGGCGAGUUAACCACUACGGAGAUUGGGACCAACCCCCAACCCGCUAGACGACAGAACUCAGCCGGCAGUGAGAGCAGCUUCAAGCGGUCUCGACCAGGAAGCCAGUUGCAAGGCUUUGGGCUUCGCCAGUCCUUGCGGCCGACCUCGCCCGAUGCCACGCAGGACACACGUCCUCCCAGGCGGUUUUCGCUGCGUGCUUUAUCCCCAUCCGGCGCCGCUUCCGGGCAGACCGCGGAGGUUGCCGCGGCCCAAGUGCCCUCGAACAACCAAAUUCGUAGAACGUUGCGCGGUUCUUCAGUGGAAAAGAACCGUCCCACGGGAAUACGCAUGCCGAGCUUUGGCCUCCCGUACGGCGGGAAGAAGAGCGGCGGCAGUAGUGCGAAAACCAGGACUUCAUCGGGCCCCCGUUUCUCCAGCCGGUUCGCCGACUCGAGCGAUGAAGAGGGCGGCGGGAUAGCGCCAACAGGGUUCCGCAGCCGCUUUGCGGACUCGAGCGAUGACGAUGAGUCCAUCAUACCGAUUCCAGUACCUGUCUCCAAAACUCUCCCCACUGAUAGCUAUCUGAAAGGGCGGAACUCCACCGCGAGCACGGCCCUGCCCGAAGAACUGGAAGAGUCGGAAGACGCCAAGCCUGCCGUCGCGACAAGAUCAGCAUCACAACAGCUGACACAAUCAACCUUACCUGUCGAUACCACUGCGAAUACAAGCAGCACCGCACCGGUUCCCUCCGACGCUAUCGACUUCCGCCGCUCCCGCUCCAACCGCUCCGGUCGUGGCCAGCUUCUCGGCACAACAGCCCCGUCUUCUUCCCAAGCCGCCGGUGUUGCCGUGUCAAGUUAUCCUCCGCCCACCACCACCAACCCUGCUCCCAUGCGGCGCCAGUCCAGACGCGAUAGGCUCCUCAUGUCGGUCCUGCGCCGCCGUAAAAGCGGCAGGCCCGGUGAGUUGGGCAAGAUUGGCCGGGGCGAGGUCAUCGAGAGCCCGGCGAGGCGGGAUACGCCCUUGGAAAGGAGCAUGGGAGAGCUCAGGGGCUUGCGGAGGAGGCCGUCCCUUGUCUCGGAGCAGGAGGUUGAGCCGGAAGCUGGGGAUAUGGACGAGGAAAAGGAAAAGAAGGUGGUGGAAGCUCCCCCCAGGAGUCCCAGGUUGAGGAAGAAGAGACUUUCUGCGGUUGGGGCCGCUGCUGCUGCUUCUACUGCUGCUCCUCCUUCGACUGGUGGUGCUCCUGUUGCUUCUAAAGACAUUGGUGCUCGUGGUGAUAUAGGCGGAGGCUACGAUGCCGAGCGGGGGAAUGAAGCCGGCGGGCUCGGUGCUGCUGAUGUUCCAUCCCUCUACCGGCUGAGCCGGUCCUCCACCUCGGAAAACCUGGGCACUAGGACGCUCAGCGCGGGGAAUCAUGCCCUGCCCCUGAACCAUCACCAUCACCAACAGCAACCGCAACAACAUCGCAGAGUCAUGUCCAUGUCAUUACCCAUGUCCAGGGGCGCGCCUAGUAUUGAGGAGGGGAGUGUGGCUGGGGGCUCGUCAUUGAAGAAGAAGAGGUUUGGGACGUUGAGGAGAAUGUUUGGGCUGAGUAGCGACUGA